UUGUUUUAAAAGGAAAAUAGUGUAAAACAAUUGUUUUAGAGGAAAAUAAUGUAAAAAUUAUAGUGUAUCAAUAUACAUAGCGACUAUCAAGCGAUAUACAGACAAAAAAUAAUGCGCCAAAUGUAAGCGAUGUUAGAUUUUUUCUGAACAUCGACAAAUUAAAACCCUGCGCACAAUUACGGAAGAGAUAUUUUCUAAAAACCGACAAUUUCUUAUAGAAGUUCGAAUUUUAGAAGAAAGGAUUUAUACAAUAUUCAUGUAUGAUUAACAAAAUAUAUUAAUUAAUAAAUAUAUAAAAUAAUUUCGUGCAAAGUCAAUUAUAAACUAAUUAAAUUUUACUUUAUGAGAAAAUCUUAUUAUGGUCUUAUAUGUUACGCUUUCAACACCGAUGAGGCAAUAACGAUACUGAUAUAGCAUAAGAUGAUUUGCUUUCCGAACAUUACAAAGUGACAAACAAAUGAUAUCACUCAAUGACCUUUCUCCAUGAAUUUAUUUGGAAAUUUAAUUGCACGAAGAGAUAUUUUACAAAGAUUGGAAUAAAAAACUUUGCUUUGAAGUGGUCUGCGAUAUCAGCUCGGCUUAUCAUCGAAGACAUAUCGAGAAUGGUUAUUUUAAAAUUUUACAAGACUCCCGGUCUAAAGAUAGGCCAGCUGAAGAAUAAAUUGUAUAAGGUGUCGCAAAUCGAAGCCUCAGUGAUCGAUCUUAAAACCGAGUUAUGUUAUUAUGUGGAAACACUCGAAUCACUUCACGAAGAUGAAGUUCGAGUAUUAAAAUGGAUCUUGUCACCUCUCUUCAAAGGAGAAUUGCGAUGCGAUAGUAUGUUUAAUGAUACUCAAGGACACAUUACAGUUAUUGAAAUUGGACCUAGAUUAAAUUUCUCCACUGCAUUUUCCACCAAUGUAGUUUCCAUCUGUAAAACGGUGAAAUUAAAUAAAGUAACAAGAGUAGAAGUGGCGAUUAGAUAUAGCAUCAAACAUAAAGGAUGGCUUAACAAAGAAGUAGAGAACUCUAUUGUAGAUGUGUUAGGAGAUAAAAUGACAGAGUGUAGAUAUAUAAAACCUAUUGAAACAUUUGAUCAUGGCUUUAGACCAGAGAAAUGGUUUGAAGUUGAUGUAAUGAAAAAAGGUAGAAGAGCUCUGGAAGAAGUUAAUCACAAAUUGGGCUUGGCGUUUGAUGAUUGGGAUUUAGAUUUUUAUACAGAAUUAUUUUUGCAAAAAUUAAAACGAAAUCCAACUAGUGUAGAAUGUUUUGAUCUUGCUCAAUCUAACAGUGAACAUAGUCGACAUUGGUUCUUUAAAGGACGUAUUAUUUUGAAUGGCAAAGAGGAAAAACAAUCUUUAAUUGACAUGAUUAUUGAUACUCAAAAUUAUUCAAAUCCAAACAACGUGAUUAAAUUCAGUGACAAUAGCAGCGCUAUAGAAGGAUUUAAGAUUCCUGUCUUACGCCCCACGAAAACUCAUAAGUGUAGUAAUUUUCAUCUCGAGUACAUCAACCAGCAUCUUAUUUUUACAGCAGAGACACAUAACUUUCCAACUGGUGUGGCACCUUUCAGUGGUGCCACAACGGGUACUGGAGGACGACUAAGGGACAUUCAAGGAAUCGGUAGAGCUGGAUAUUACAUAGCAGGCACUGCAGGUUACAGUGUUGGCAAUCUUUGUAUUCCAGACUAUGAUUUGCCAUGGGAAGAAAAGAAUAAAGUUUAUCCCAGUAAUAUGGCUUUGCCAUUAGAAAUAAUUAUUGAAGCAAGUAAUGGUGCUUCUGAUUAUGGGAACAAAUUUGGAGAACCUGUAAUAUCCGGUUUCGCACGUUCUUAUGGAGCGACGGAUUAUGAAGGAGUUAGACGAGAAUGGAUCAAACCCAUAAUGUUUAGUGGAGGAUUAGGAACCAUGGAUGCAAAUUUGGCUAAGAAAAUUUCAGCGAAGCAAGGUAUGGAGGUAGUCAAAAUCGGUGGACCAGUUUAUCGAAUUGGUGUAGGCGGUGGAUCCGCAAGUUCCAUGGAAGUGCAAGGUGAUAAUAGCAUGGAAUUGGAUUUCGGUGCUGUACAACGCGGCGAUCCCGAGAUGGAACAAAAAUUGAAUCGCGUUGUGCGAGCGUGUGCAGAAAUGGGUGAUAGUAAUCCGAUCCUUAGCAUCCAUGAUCAAGGUGCUGGUGGCAACGGAAAUGUCCUAAAGGAAUUAGUGGAACCUGCCGGUGCCGUCAUUUUCACGAGAAAGUUUGACCUCGGUGAUCCUAGUAUCAGCACAUUGGAGCUCUGGGGUGCGGAGUAUCAGGAGAGCAAUGCUAUUUUAUGCAAGCCAGAGGACAGUGAUUUGCUGAAGGAAAUUGCUGUUCGUGAAAAAUGUCCAAUUAAUUUUGUUGGCACUGUCACAGGAAAUGGGAAAAUUAUUGUUUCUGAAGAAGAGAAUUGCGAUAUUUCAAAAUAUCUUAAUGAUGAAAAUAAAAAUUUAGAUGGCAGUAAGCAUCCGGUGAAUUUAGAGCUAGAGAUAAUUCUUGGAAAAAUGCCUGGCAAGGUUUUCAAUUUAUGUGAUAUGCCGUUGCAGAGAUCUAUAAUGAAAUUGCCUAAUGGAUUAACCGUACUUAGCGCAUUGAACAGAGUUUUACGACUUCCAUCGGUAGCUAGCAAGCGGUACCUAACGAACAAGGUAGAUCGUUGUGUGACCGGUUUGGUGGCUCAGCAGCAAUGCGUUGGUCCACUGCAUACUCCUCUAGCAGACGUUGCUGUGACAGCCAUUUCGUAUUUCUCUACGAAGGGCAUCGCGACUUCCAUUGGCGAGCAGCCGAUUAAAGGAUUAGUGAACGAAGUGGUAGGCGCUCGAAUGACAGUAGCCGAGGCUCUCAGCAAUCUGGUGUUUGCGCGAAUUUCUGCAUUGCGAGAUGUCAAGUGUAGUGGCAAUUGGAUGUGGCCAGCGAAGCUUCCGGGUGAGGGUGCGGCACUUUACAAGGCCUGCUCAGCAAUGUGUUCACUGAUGAAGGAACUUGGAAUCGCGAUCGACGGUGGUAAGGACUCGCUCAGUAUGGCCGCGCGUAUCAAUGAAGAUAUUGUCAAGGCGCCGGGCACUCUCGUCAUAUCUUGCUACGCGCCAUGUCCCGAUGUUCGCCAGGUAAUCACCCCCGAUCUCAAAGCUCCUGCCAUGGGACGGCAAGGUUGUCUGCUCUUUGUCGAUUUGUCUUAUGGCAAGAACCGACUCGGUGGAACUGCCCUGUCUCAAGUAUACAGUCAAUUGGGCAAUGAUGCGCCGGAUGUCGAAGACGUGCAGGCUCUCAAAAAUGCCUUUAAUGCUACCCAGCGACUAAUCGUCGAUGGGAAAGUCCUUGCCGGUCAUGAUAUCAGCGAUGGCGGACUGAUCACAUGCCUUUUAGAAAUGUGUUUUGCUGGAAUCUCAGGGAUAAACGUUAAUAUAACUCAUAAAUCCGCACCUGCCAUUGACCUUUUAUUUGCCGAAGAAGUAGGCUGGAUAUUGGAGGUCAACGAGAAAGAUCAAGAUGAGGCAAUACAAAUGUUCCGAAGUUAUGAAAUUCCAGUAUAUUUAAUCGGAAAGUCCAUUGACAUUGGAAUGAACUCUAAGGUCGUCGUUAAAGUUCGAAAUGAGAUUGUACUGAGCACUACAGUAAUCGAUUCGAUGAGCAUUUGGGAAGAAACUAGUUAUCAGCUAGAACGGCAUCAAACAAACAUUACUUGUGCCUUGGAAGAAUUUUCCGGACUAAGAGAACGAACUGUUCCAGCCUAUCGUUUGAAUUUCGAUCCUGUUAGAUAUCGACCGAUAUUAAAGAAUCCAUCAGCGUGUAUCAGAGUAGCGGUCAUACGAGAAGAGGGUAUUAAUGGAGAUAGAGAGAUGGCGGCUUCUCUAUUGGAAGCUGGUUUCGAUGUCUGGGAUGUUACGAUGCAAGAUCUGCUGAAAAACCAAAUCACAUUGGAAAUAUUUAGAGGCAUUAUCUUUCCCGGUGGUUUCAGCUAUGCCGAUGUUUGCGGAUCCGCCAAGGGAUGGGCAGCCAGUUUCCUUUUUCAUCCAUCUUUAUGUGAACAAUUACGGCGAUUUGUUGCUCGUGAAGAUACUUUUAGUUUGGGCGUUUGUAAUGGUUGUCAAUUGAUGAGUCUGUUAGGCUGGGUGGGUGAUGAGGACACUAAAGACAGACCAGGAAUUUGUUUGGAUCACAAUCUUUCAGAGAGAUUCGAAUGCAGAUGGACCACCGUUAAAAUCGAGAACUCGCCAUCGAUCAUGUUAAAGGACAUGCAAGAUAGUGUGUUCGGCGUAUGGGUGGCUCAUGGAGAAGGGAGGUUCACUUUUCGCGAACAAGUUUUAAAAACUCUCAAAGAAAAUAACUGCUUGCCAAUCAGGUAUACGGAUGAUUAUGGCAAUCCAACUGAACGCUAUCCUAUGAAUCCGAAUGGUAGUAUAAGUGGCAUUGCUGGUAUUUGUUCUAAAAAUGGUCGACAUUUGGCGAUGAUGCCGCAUCCGGAAAGAUGCACGCAAAUGUGGCAAUGGCCUUGGAAACCAGCAGGAUGGAAUUAUGAAAUCUCACCAUGGCAGCGACUUUUUGACAAUGCGUAUACCUGGUGUCAAGAACACAAUUAGAAAGUUUGUUACUAAAUUCAAUAACAUAUUUAAUAAAAAACCUAUUAAAAGAUCUGAAUACUGAUCUUUUACUAAAAUAAUAAAAAAUAUAACAAUGCAUAGUUAAAGAAUUUAAUAUAGAUGUAAAAUUUAAUAUAGAUUUAAUAAAUAUAAAAUUUAAUAUAGAUUUAAUAAAUGUAAAAUUUAAUAUAGAUAUGUUAAAUGCUGAUACUGUACGUCAAUAUUUCAAUUCAAAAAAUAAAUUUAUAUUUUAAUUCCAA